AUGACACGAGAACAAUACAUACUAGCAACACAGCAGAAUAACCUGCCAAGGACUGAGAAUGCACAAUUUUACCCAGUGGGAAUUUAUGGAUGGCGAAAGAGGUGCUUAUACUUCUUUGUCCUUCUGCUGUUGGUUACCAUGAUAGUUAACUUAGCCAUGACAAUAUGGAUAUUGAAAGUUAUGAAUUUCACCGUGGAUGGUAUGGGAAAUCUGAGAGUCACCAAGAAGGGAAUUCGACUUGAAGGUAUAUCUGAGUUUCUACUUCCAUUGUAUGUGAAAGAAAUUCAUUCCCGAAAGGAUAGUCCACUGGUCUUACAGUCUGACAGGAAUGUAACGGUGAAUGCAAGAAAUCACAUGGGGCAGUUAACUGGACAGCUGACAGUAGGAGCUGACGCUGUGGAAGCUCAGUGUAAGAGAUUUGAAGUGAGAGCAAGCGAAGAUGGCAGGGUGCUGUUUUCUGCAGAUGAAGAUGAGAUUACCAUUGGGGCUGAAAAGCUGAAAGUUACAGGCACUGAAGGCGCAGUGUUUGGGCACUCUGUGGAGACGCCUCACAUCAGAGCAGAACCAUCCCAAGAUCUCAGGCUUGAAUCACCCACCAGAUCCUUGAUAAUGGAAGCUCCUCGUGGGGUCCAGGUGAGCGCUGCUGCAGGGGACUUCAAGGCCACCUGCAGGAAAGAGCUCCAUUUGCAGUCUACAGAGGGGGAGAUAUUUUUAAAUGCAGAUACAAUCCGGCUGGGAAAUCUACCGACCGUCUCCUCUUCGUCUCCUUCACCAAGCUCCUCAAAUUCUCGACAGACAGUGUAUGAACUCUGUGUCUGCCCCAAUGGCAAACUGUACCUUUCCCCAGCAGGAGGAGGUUCCACUUGUCAGUCCAGUAGCAACAUCUGUUUGUGGAGCUGA